CUCAGCGGAAACUUUCACGCGUAUAAAACGCUGCGCCCGCCGGCCGCCGCGUCCAGUCCGCUCGACAUCCGUUACCUGCGCAGAGGCAUGCGCGCGCGAACACGCGAAAACGAAAGUGUGAUCACAGGUGAUCCAAAUUAGACUGUGCCAUUGUGAUUGUGAACUCUGGAGCGGUGACCGGAGCUGUGAUAUUCUCCUGUAACCUGUGACAGUUGCGACCGUGUCUGAAAACACCUGGGAAGGUUUUCAUACACGCUUGCAAGAAAUAUAUGAAACCAAGAUAACCUUUCGCCGCUGUACUGCUGGACUGUGAACAUGAAAAGGAUCAGGUUGUUGCUGACGGUCGUGGCGCUCCUAAUAAAGGAUUCAACAUGUGAGCCCCCCGUGGAUUCGGCAUCGUUACCACUGGAACAUCGAGGGGGCGGCGGUUAUGGACCACCCCUACCACCUGCACACUCAGACGACCCAUGGCCUCUUGCGACACCAGACAGCCCCAAAAUAAAACAUCUCCAAGUGCAAUGCGAAAAGACACACAUGCGGGUCAACAUCGAAUUCGACCGUCCUUUCUACGGCAUGAUAUUCUCGAAAGGAUUCUAUAGUGACCCCCAUUGUAUGCACCUUAAACCUGGCACGGGGCAUCUAAGUGCAACCUUUGAAAUUUUUCUCAACAGCUGCGGCAUGUCGAGCUCGGCCAAUCACAAUGUAGCCACUUAUGGAAGUCCAACGCCCAGCGGCUCAUACGUUGAAAAUACUAUCAUUGUUCAAUACGACCCUUACGUUCAAGAAGUAUGGGAUCAAGCACGAAAAUUGCGAUGCACGUGGUACGACUUCUACGAAAAAGCAGUUACUUUCAGACCUUUCCAAGUGGAUAUGUUGCAUGCGGUUACGGCUAACUUUCUCGGUGACAACUUGCAAUGCUGGAUGCAAAUACAGGUCGGUAAAGGCCCUUGGGCCUCAGAAGUAUCAGGAAUUGUAAAAAUAGGGCAAACGAUGACAAUGGUGCUUGCAAUUAAGGACGACGAAAAUAAGUUUGAUAUGUUAGUCCGUAACUGUGUAGCUCACGACGGCAAAAGGGCACCGAUACAAUUGGUCGACCAGUAUGGAUGCGUAGUCCGACCCAAGAUUAUGAGCAAGUUCCAGAAAAUAAAGAACUUCGGUCCUUCUGCAUCGGUGGUAUCUUUCGCUUACUUCCAAGCUUUUAAGUUCCCUGACUCAAUGAAUGUUCACUUCCAGUGCGUAAUCCAAGUAUGCAGAUACAACUGUCCUGAACCGAAAUGCAACCUUGGUGCAGAUUAUGGUGUUCCUCUUCUUGGUGGAAAUUCAUUAAGUGCAGGAGAAUAUGGCGUACCAAACUCACCACAUGCAGAAUAUGGACCACCACCUGCUCCACACUCUGAGUAUGGCGUACCACCAGCGUUCCCUGACCCGCGUCAUCCAGCAGACGCCACUGGAUCGUUUUCGGAAAAGCGUGAUGACGCCGUACCUCCUCCACAAGCACAGGUUUCUUCGACACCUAAUGCACCUAGUCCAUCAUCACCAGCCCCCGCUCGGGAAGAAGACGAGGUGAAUCUUCCACCUCCACCGCCUCCUGGCCGCCGUGGAGUAUAUAACACCGUCAAAAGGAAAGAUGAAGUCCACGGCAAUCUCGCGACUUUAGGAGGACGUCCACGCUCAGUGGAGGACUUACCAGAAAGACUCGUAGGCGUAAGGAGGCGGCGAGAGACAUCCACACCUACGCGCAUCUACAAGCGUGACGCACAAGAGAUGACCGACGUAAACACAAGUCGAAUCAUCCAAGUGGUCGCCCCGGGCGAUGUUAAUUUCGCAUUGAACAAUGCUGCAGGCAACGAGACGGUGGUUAUACAGUCUCCAGCGACGGAUCCGGAGACGAUAUGUAUGUCAGUACCGUCUUUCGUUGCGGGCCUGGUGAUGUUACUAUUAGUCUUGGUGGUGUCUUCGUUGGUGGCUGCGUUCUUGUUCGUGCGAGUGCGAGCGCUCGACAGGAAGGGCGCACACGGAGCGGCGGCGUACUACGAAACGGAUUACGUGAAGCACACAAACUAGACGCAGAGCGUGCGAGUGUGACGCGAGGACGUUCCAAAAACUCUUCUCGGAUCCAAAGAGCGUGCGCGCUUCGGCCCCGGCCGGACGGCGCCGCCGCUGUCGCGGUCGCGAUCGAAGCAAGGUGACAUGUGACUUAUUUAUUUAGUAAUUUAGUGAGUGUGAUGUAUAUGUUCGACUGUUGUUUUGUAAAUUAUUUUAUUCGUGUGAAAAGCACUCCCUGUACUGCCUUUAUAGUCGAUACGUCUGUUGUAAUUUUGUAAAGAGUCGUAAGUAAGGUAAUAGAGAUAAGGAAGUUGUAUACCAAUUAAAAAGUGUCGCGUGAG